AUGCUAGGCGGGAAUACAUUACCAUACCUUGUUUUGCACAGUGGUGGAAGUCGCCGGAAAUUGCUCUGCCUUCGCACCCACUCGCUAGAAAUCGCCUACACCGCCACAAUGCACUCGCCGAAAAUCGCCUCUCACAAGCUCCGUUUGCUCUCAAAAAACCUCAAGUACCUCCUCUUACCGCCUCUUCCUUCAAUUUAUAGGACGAGCCUAGCCUCGGAAACCGAAACGUCACAAGUCUUCGCAGCCUUGCUGACACGUGGCACCCAUGCACAAGGGAGCCCAACCGCCCUCACCUCCCCACUUGCGCCUACACUUCGAACGUUUCACCUUCUCCCUUUCUUCCCCUUUUUGAGGCAAAGCCCAACUUUCACAGCAUACGGCAGGCACGCACGGGUCGAGUUUUCGCUCACCUCUCGUGCCGAACGGCAGGCACGCACUGGUCGAGUUUUUCACUCACCUCUCGUGCCGAACGGCAGGCACGCACUGGUCGAGUUUUCACUCACCUCUCGUGCCGAACGGCAGGCACGCACGAGUCGAUGCCAAACGGCAGGCACGCACUGGUCGAGUUUUCACUCACCUCUCUUGCCAAACGGUAGGCACGCACGGGUCAAGUUUUCACUCACCUCUCGUGCCGAACGGCUGCCACGCACGGGUCAGGUUUUUACUCACCUCUUGUGCAGAACGGCAGGCGUGCGUGGUCGAGUUUUUCACUCACCUCUUCCUACCGAUUCCCUUCCAUUCUUCAUCCCAACCUCUCGGCUUGGGGACUUGGGGGACUACAUGAUCAUCAUCGGCUUACAAACGACAGACGCUCAUUCCCGGGUCAGAGUGCUGGAGCUCAGGGACAAGCAAGUCCCCAACCAGGAAGUCCCUCCUCGAUCGAAAACUUGGGGGACUACUGCCAUACCGAAUGUUCAUUCGGUAUGCUCUAUCGAUUCAUGGGGUCGGUUAUGCACCAUCGGUCCCUUCGCUAACCUUCAGCAUGGUAUGCCGAGCAACCAACCAUCACGUCAAUCAAUUUCUGUCAGAUUACCUCAGAAUUUCUGCUGGAACCUGUCAGAGCAUGUGUCGAUCUCCGGAGACACUCCCCCGAGUCCCACAUCGAAACUAAGUGCUAAGAGCAUCACAAAUGCUCUCUAUAAAUAG